AUGAUACUGUUUGCAACGGGGCAGACGCGGAAGACACCACAGGAUAUGAAGAGCAACAGAGGUAGCAAAGGGUCAAGGAGGAGAAGGAUGGAGGAGGAGGAAGAAGACAAGCGGAGGCGGUUCAACGCCAGCAGUAAUAGGAGCGGUUGGUGGUUGGUUGGUGGUGGUGAUGGUUGGAGGGAUUAUUGGGAAGGGAGUCUGGACAGUCUGGAAAGGGGGCUACUUGGUAUGGUCAUGUACUGUAACCCGGCAUACGGUAACUUGUGGCUUGCCUAG